CACACCUGGAGUAUCACACUCCAGCCCCCCUGAAUCCUUUAUGUAAAAACAUUUAUAUCCGAAUAAACUGGUCUUAACCCCCCAUAUAUUUAAUUACCCCCUUACGUACCUGCCAUGGAUUUAGUCAACCACUUAACCGAUAGAUUGUUGUUCGCUGUCCCAAAGAAGGGCAGACUCAACGAAAAGGCCGUUGCCUUGUUAAACGGCUCCGAUAUCAAGUUCCGCAGAUCUAACAGAUUGGACAUUGCUCUAUCCACAAACUUGCCGAUUGCCCUUAUCUUCUUGCCAGCCGCCGACAUUCCAACCUUCGUGGGUGAGGGUAAGUGUGACUUGGGUAUUACUGGUGUGGACCAAGUGCAAGAGUCUGGCGUUGAGGUCGACUUGGUCAUGGACUUGUUGUUCGGCUACUGUAGGUUACAGGUCCAGGUUCCGGUUAACGGGCCAUACAAGAAGCCAGAAGAGCUAAUCGGGAAGACCAUCACAACCAGCUUCACCAACUUGGCCACCGAGUACUUCAUGAAGUUGGAAGGUGUUACUGACGCCAAGGAUAUGAAGACAACCAUCAAGUUUGUUGGUGGUUCUGUCGAAGCCUCUUGUGCCUUGGGUGUUGCUGAUGCCAUUGUGGAUUUAGUUGAAAGCGGUGAGACCAUGAAGGCUGCCGGGUUGAUCGACAUUGACACUGUCUUGCCAACCUCUGCGUAUUUGAUUGCCUCUAAGAACCCAUCCAGGCCAGACUUGGUCAAGAUUAUCGAGGACAGAAUGCUUGGUGUUAUGACUGCCCAAAAAUACGUCUUGUGUAACUACAACGCCCCUAGAACCAAUUUGAAGGAAAUCUUGGCUGUCACUCCAGGCAGAAGAGCCGCCACUGUGUCCCCAUUGGACGAUGAAGAGUGGGUUGCCGUCAGUGCCAUGGUUGAGAAGAAGAACCUCGGUAACGUAAUGGAUGAAUUGAAGAGUAAGGGUGCCACUGAUAUUUUAAUCUUCGACAUCCAGAAUUCCCGUGUUUAGUCUGGUGGCAUUUGUGGAUGCCAUAAAGAAAAUAUAGUCAUUGAUAGAUAGGUGCCGUGAGACAUGUAGGGUUGCGUGGAUUAGCCAGCAGAAUGUGCAACCAGAAAGUUUACAAGUAGAGCUACAAAUCUC